AUGUCUUCCUCUCUUCCCUCAUCUUGUAAAUUACGGAGAAAGUUUCAUCUUAAUGCAAUGCACAAGCCUGGCGAUGUGGUCCUGGGUGGGCUGUUUGAGGUACACUACACCUCUGUCUUCCCUGAGCGGACAUUUACGUCACAGCCAAAUCAGCCCAGCUGCCAAGGCUUUGACCCUCCAGGGUUCAGGCAUGCUGUGACCAUGGCCUUUGCCAUUGAUGAGAUCAACAAAAACUCCACUCUGCUACCUAAUGUGACUCUGGGAUACAGUCUUUAUGACAACUGUGCUACACUUGCUAUUGGUUUCAGUGCUGCGAUGUCAUUGGCAAGUGGUCGAGAAGAGCAGUUUUUGCUUCAGGAGAACUGUUUAGGGGCCCCUCCAGUCCUGGGGAUUGUGGGCGAUCCCUUUUCAACAUUUUCUAUUGCAAUCUCCAAUGUUCUAGGUUUAUUUAAACUGCCAAUUGUGAGUUAUUUUGCCACAUGUUCCUGCCUGAGUGAUCGGCAAAGGUUUCCAUCCUUCUUUAGAAUGAUCCCAAGUGAUGCUUUCCAGGUGCGUGCAAUGAUUCAGAUUCUAAAACGCUUUGGCUGGACUUGGGCAGGUCUGCUGGUCAGUGAUGAUGACUAUGGACUCCAUGCUGCCCGCUCCUUUCAAUCUGACCUGGCACGGUCCGGUGGAGGUUGUCUGGCCUACUCAGAGGUUUUGCCCUGGGGUGACAACCCAGCUGAACUAAAGAGGAUUGUGGAAGUGAUGACAAAAUCCACAGCUCGUGUCGUCAUCGUGUUUGCACAUCAGAUCCACAUGAUUCAACUCAUGGAAGAGGUGGUGAGGCAGAAUGUGACAACUCUUCAGUGGAUUGCCAGUGAAGCUUGGGCAUUGCUUGAUGGACUCCAUACACCGGCUUUCAUGCCAUACCUGCGCGGCACACUGGGCAUCGCUAUCCGUCGUGGCAAAAUACCAGGACUCAGGGACUUCCUAUUAAGGAUUAAUCAUGUGCAACACCUCAACAACAGCUAUGAUAAUAGCAUGGUGAAGCAGUUUUGGGAAUACACAUUUCAGUGUAGAUUUGCACCACUUCCAGCAGGUUGGGUGGAGGCUGGGGGAGAGGUAUGCACUGGACUGGAAGAUCUAGAGAAUGUGGAGACUGAGGUUUUGGAUGUUUCUAAUCUCAGGCCUGAGUACAAUAUUUACAAGGCUGUGUAUGCGCUGGCGUAUGCCCUCGAUGACAUGCUGCGCUGUGUGCCAGGGAGAGGGCCUUUCAGUGGGCACAGCUGUGCUACUUUGCAAACACUGGAGCCAUGGCAGCUUGUGUAUUAUUUGGAAAAGGUCAACUUCACCACAACAUUUGGUGAUCAAGUAUCAUUUGAUGAAAAUGGUGAUGCCUUACCAAUAUAUGAUAUCAUGAACUGGCUGUGGCUCCCUGAUGGAAGAACUAAAGUUCAGAGUGUAGGGGUUGUUAAAAUGUCGGCCUCCAAAGGUGAAGCACCCAGGUCAGUGUGCAGUGAGAGCUGCCCCCCAGGUACCCGUAUGGCCAGGAAGAGGGGAAUGCCUGUGUGCUGUUUUGACUGCAUCCCUUGUUCUGAGGGAAUGAUCAGCAAUGAAACGGAUUCUAUGGAGUGCACCAGUUGUCCAGAGGACUAUUGGUCCAACCCCCAGCGUGACCACUGUAUUCCUAAGAAGAUGGAAUUUCUCUCCUACUAUGAGCCUCUGGGUAUCUGUUUGACAACGGCAUCAUUGCUGGGCACAUUUAUCUGUGCUGUUGUCCUGGGCAUCUUCACCUAUCAUCGCAGUACACCCAUGGUACGGGCCAACAAUUCAGAACUGAGUUUCCUGCUUUUGGUGUCACUAAAGCUAUGUUUCCUGUGUUCCCUGCUAUUUAUUGGCCGUCCCAAACUGUGGACUUGCCAACUGAGACAUGCAGCAUUUGGGAUCAGCUUUGUACUUUGUGUCUCAUGCAUCCUGGUAAAAACCAUGGUGGUUCUGGCAGUAUUCAAGGCAUCCAAGCCAGGAGGUGGAGACAGUCUGAAGUGGUUUGGUGUUUUGCAGCAGAGAGGGACAGUUAUGGUUCUGACUUCUAUUCAGGCAGCAAUCUGCACUGCCUGGCUUGCCUCUGCCUCACCAGCUCCUUAUAAAAACACUCAAUACCAAAAUGACAUGAUAGUUUAUGAGUGUGUAGUUGGUUCCACAGUUGGUUUUGCAGUGUUACUGGGCUAUAUUGGCUUACUGGCUAUCCUUAGCUUCCUCUUAGCCAUCCUGGCAAGGAAUCUUCCAGACAAUUUCAAUGAGGCCAAGCUGAUCACUUUCAGCAUGUUGAUCUUCUGUGCUGUGUGGGUGGCCUUUGUCCCUGCCUAUGUCAACUCUCCAGGCAAAUAUGCAGAUGCAGUUGAGGUAUUUGCAAUCCUGGCCUCCAGUUUUGGUCUCUUGGUGGCAUUGUUUGGACCGAAAUGUUACAUAAUACUGCUGAGACCAGAGAGGAACACAAAAAAAGCAAUCAUGGGUCGAGGCACUACCAAGUCAUAA